AUGGUCGGUGAAUCGCGAACACCCGCCCCCGACUCACGAGCCAAGAAGGCGCCAAACCGGCAGUCGCGCUCCUGUAAGGUCUGCCGGCUCCGUAAGGUCAAGUGUGACCGUGUCAAGCCUUGUCACGCAUGUUGUGCGCACGGGUAUCCGUCUAAAUGUGUUUACGAAACAGUGCCUGGCGACGAGGCGCGCCCGAUCAGCCAGGCGGAGGAAAUCCGAAAUCUGCGGGCCGAGAUCCAAGAAUUAAGAACAAGGAUAGAUGAGAGACAAGAUGGGUCUCACGAUCAAGAUCUGGAGCGGCUGGACCGGCUUGAGAGCUUAUUUGAGUCUAUUCGCUCUGCCCCGCUUAGUGUGGUUGACCACAUCGUGCGCGAGGUUCGAUUCGCUCAUGGUGGGAUAAAGAAAGAUUUGGUGCAAGUAGGGCCAUGGGAGGGUCAUGAGGCAUAUAACAGCUACCACAAUUCACGUGCUUCUCCACCACUAUCUAUCAUUCCAAUCCGCCAGCGAGCAAGCGACUCGGGUUCGGACCUCAAUUUCAGUGAUCCUCCGAUGUAUGAGGAUGAUGACAGCGAAGACCAAAUGUCUCUGAGCAGCGUUUCAGACUCAUCGGGGUCCUCCGGUACAAUUUAUUUGAUCGGCAUGCAGCGGCCUUCUGUUGACGUUUUUGUUGAACGUUUCGUCGACGCAUUCAGCCCGCAGGUUGACAACAAAUCUGGUCGCGCAGGAGCAUUGAGGGCCGCCGCAGGCAUUCGGAUGUUCUCGCCACUCAUCUCGGAUGCUUUUGAAGCAGUCUCUGUGGCUUUCUUUGGUCGAUCUAUCCAGAAUAAACAACUCGAAGCUUCAGGAUUCCGGCUGUAUCCCCGCGUUUUGCGCGAACUGCAGGAGGCAUUGAUUGACCCAGAGCGGUCCAAGUCCGAAGCGACCUUGGUAACAGUGACACUUCUGCUUGCCUUUGAGAGUGUGGAGCGCACCACAGCUAAGGGUGUGCCAGCUCACGUAAGAGGUGCAGUACGCUUAAUUGAGCAUCGUGGCCCAGAGAAUCAUAUGUAUGGUGUUGAGCACCUCUUGUUUACCGAGCUCCGGCCUUAUUGGAUUGCUGGUGCAUGUGCGGGUCGAGAGCCUUCAUUCUUAGCCCACGAAGAUUGGAGGACCAUUCCGUGGUCGGCUGGGACGACUACCAAAGAUAUCCUGCAUCAUUUACUCGACCUCGCCACGGAGGUGCCCGCUCUGUUGUCCCAGUCUGAUUCAUUCAAGGCAGCGCAGCAGGGCGCAUCCAAAAUGGGAGCCCAAGAAACUGCGGCCAAACAGGCUGCACUUUGGAACGGAAUCACCGAUCUCACUGCCCGCUUCUAUCAGUGGUAUCAUGACUGGGUCAAGUGCUACCCAGACGGCCCGCCGGAGGAAGUCGAGCAGACGGAAGACCAAGACUUCCCCAUAUUCAAACGACGCGAUUUGCGCACUGGCGCUACCUACACACCAACGAGGCUCUCUUACCCGAACCUUCUCCUUGCACAAACCAUGUGUGUGUAUUACGCGUUCCGCCUGAUCCUGUCCUCGAUAGAUACGCGCCCAGAGGAUCGGGUGAGCGUUCCAGAGCAGUACGAACUGGGAUGCGGUAUUUGCCGCACCUAUGCAUUCUAUAUUCUUACAGCCCCAGGAAACAUGAUCAAUCGCCUCGCAUUCCCUACACGCGUAGCAUGGGAGGCCUUCCCCGACAAUGGGCCCGAACGGGCUUUUAUGACUGAGGUGCUGCAAUUGGUUGAGAAGCGCCAUUCCCUAGCGCUUUGGGGUGGUGGCAUGUCGGAACUCUCGGCUAGGCAAGGCACCCCCCUCAACACAGCAUGA